CUUGUCUGGUUGACAAUGAAAUUUACAAUGAUAACUUAGUUAACAGUUUCGAUGAAAUCAAUCAGACAAGGAAAGAAAUGACAAUAUAACAUAGUGGCAUGAAUAUGAAAGAAAGAAAAUGAACACACCUUGCGCUGGAGGAGAAACAUCACAGCCUUGCUACAAUGGCUGUUUUCGUUCUCCCUUUAUUGUCUCUGACUCUAAUAAGUCUCAAAAUUCCAGCGUCAGUGUUGUGUUUGGAUCAAGCCAUGACUUGGAAGAAGCCACGUCUUAUACUCUUCAUCCAUAUACACAAUUCACAAACCAUGAGGCCAUCCCUUCUUUGCAAGAAUCAUAUGCUAACUUCAUCAAAGCAUACCCUCCAUUUGGGAACACUUCUGAAGUUGAUCGAAUUCGUGCCCAAGAAUACCCUCACUUGAAUCUCUCCAACAUUUGCUUUGAUUACACCGGACAUGGCCUUUUCUCCUAUGUUCAGCAGCAGAGGUUCUGUCCCUCAACUUCAGUUGCUUCUUCAUCUUCUUGUCCUCCUCCAUCUGCCUUGGAACCACCCUUCUUCGAUAUCUCCCACAAGCCAGUGAAUUUGCAUUCUCAGAUACUCCAUGGUGGACAGGAAUCAGAGCUUGAAUCCAGAAUCAGAGAGAGGAUCAUGGCAUUUAUGAAUAUCUCUGAAGCUGAUUACACCCUGGUUUUCAUUGCCAAUGAGGUAUCUGCUUUCAAACUUGUGGCUGAAUCUUUCCAAUUUCAGUCCAAUGGAGAGCUCCUCACAGUGUAUGAUCACAGGAGCGAGGCACUGGAUGUGAUGAUGGAGGCCUGCAAAGCGCAAGGGGCACAUAUCUUGUCAGCGGAGUUCUGCUGGCCAAAGCUAGGAAUAAAGUACAAGAAAUUGAAGAAGAUGAUAAUGAGCAAAAGAGAUAAGAGAAAGAGAGGCCUAUUUGUUUUUCCACUUCACUCAAGAGUUACCGGAGCACCAUAUUCAUAUGUAUGGAUGUCUUUGGCACAAGAAAAUGGAUGGCAUGUGUUGGUUGAUGCAUGUGCAUUUGCACCUAAGGAGAUGGACACCUUGGGUCUAACCAUGUUCAAACCUGAUUUUCUGAUCUGUUCAUUUCACAAAGUUUAUGGUGAAAAUCCAUCAGGUUUUGGGUGCUUAUUUGUCAAGAAAUCCAGUGUUUCUGCUAUAAAAGAUUCAGCCAACAAUCCUACAAGCCUAGGAAUUAUAAGCCUCCUUCCGGCAUUUCGACAAACACAAGAUCUACAAGAAGAGUUGCAAAGUGAAACUUCUCCACCACAUGAGAUUGAAGUAGUUUCAGUGGCACAGUCAUCAUCAGAAAUUGUGGAGUUACAAACAUCGCUAGAGUCAACUCUAUCUAGAAGAGGAUUAAGUUCAGUGAAUGAGAUAGAAUGCAAAGGAUUGGAACAUGCAGAUUCAGUGGGGCUAAUCCAAAUUAGUUGCAGGGCUAAGUAUCUCAUCAAUUGGCUUGUUAAUGCAAUGAUGAGUCUCCAACAUCCACAUCAUCCUCAAACUGGGAUUUCCCUAAUUAGAAUCUAUGGACCAAAUAUAAAUGCACACCGUGGACCAGCAGUGGCAUUCAACGUGUUUGAUUGGAAAGGAGAAAAGGUUGAUCCUUUAAUUGUGCAGAAGCUAGCAGACAGGAACAACAUCUCUCUGAGCAGUGCAGUUUUGCAGAAAAUAAGGUUCUUUGACAAGAAUGAGGAAGACAGAGAGAUGGGUAUAGAGAGCAGAGUGUGUGAGGUGAAAGGGUUGAGGGGGCAAUGUGGUAAUUAUAUUAAGACAGAGAGAGAAAGAAAUGAGUGUGGGAUAAGUGUGGUGACAGCUGCACUUGGUUUCUUAACGAACUUUGAGGAUGUAUAUAGGCUUUGGGCAUUUCUUUCAAGAUUCUUGGAUGCAGAUUUUGUGGAGAAAGAAAGAUGGAGAUACAUGGCUCUUAAUCAGACUACUAUUGAUAUAUGAAUUGGUACACUUUAACACUUGGUUGCUAUUGGAUUUUAUCCCUAAAACUAUUGGGUAAGGUAAGAAUAUCUUAAACCCUUGUGGAUUUAUGAUUUUGGUAAACCCUAGGAUUUAAUUAUGAUGAAUUAAUUGUGUAAAGCUUGGAAUUUAUGAUUAUUGGAGCUUUUGGAUUGUGUAUGGUGGCUUGAUUGAACUUGAAAACUUGUGGAAGCUUAGUUGGGGUCAAAUUUUGGUGUUUGGUGCAUAUUAAGAAUCAACUAAAGUAUGGUUUUGGUUUUCUCUAUGUAAUAUGUAAUAUUUCUGGACACUUAGGCUAGUAGACCUGAGAAUAGGAUUGAAUUGGUUAUUGAUAAUUGUGAUGUAUAACGAUUUUAAUGAUUGUGAUGAUUUU